CGCGAACCGAUCGAGCAGAACCGUCUCUCUAAACUGGAGGAAGAAGUUGCACGAAUAUCUCGAGAAGUUGAAAGCAAGUCGCCAUCUCGCGAACCCUCCCUCACCCCUUCCCCAGUUGAGGCCAGUGAAAGCAGGGCCCAUAUUGCUCAAGGGAGGUUGCUGAAGGGUCCGGUCACGAGUUAUCUUAGUCCUUUUUCAUGGGCGGCGGCGGCCGAAGAGGUGGGUGAAGGACCCGAAUCGUUCCAUAGCCGAAACCGACUUACCUACAAUAGGUCCUCGAUCUCGAUGCAAUGCUUGCGGAUGAUUCCUCCGUGGUCAGUGAAUUGGAGUCCACUAUUCCGGAUAUUGCAGUGGGCGAAGGCCUGUUGACAGUCGUGGACGAACCACUACACGAGAUGCUUCUUGGUAUCUUCAGUCACCGAGUGGACCCCCUGGUCCGUAUCAUGCACUGGCCUUCCUUUCUGAGGCGAUGCCGCGCCCUUUGGCAGACUAGGCACCGGCAAAUUCAGAGGAAUCCUAGGUCCCAUCACACGAGUCCUUACCUCUCGGCCAGGGCCUUCGACCCAUCCCACCAAAGGUCAUAUGUCGACCCUUCUCUCGUGGCCUCUCAAGUUCACGGGCUAUCCGCGGAUUACAAAAGAGAUGAUUCUGCCUUUCUGGCCCUUCUUUGUUCCGUAUACUAUGCUGCUGUAAUCUCCGUCAUCAACAGCCCAAACCCGCCAAACCUGGGUCCUAACGUCAACAUCGUUGAUCUUCUGGGAACUCUACGCACAGAAGUCUCUGGGAGGGUCAUGUCAGUAGAAGCGCAGCUUCCGCGGUCAGAGUCGCUAGAGAUGCUCCAAGCAAUGAUCCUAUAUCUGUCUGUAGACAGCAUCGCUUCUGACCCACAUCUCAAGUGGGUGCAGGUCGGUGUGGCUAUUCGGAUGGCUAAAGGGCUGGGUGUUCAUCGCGAUGGCUCACACUUCGCCCUUCGGCCCAUUGAGAUCGAGACACGACGUCGCUUAUGGGCACAUCUCUGCAUACUCGAUGUUAGAAUCGCUGAGCAGCUAUGCCGCGAACCUACGAUUACCCCAGACUCCUACGACACCGCUUUGCCUUUGAGCAUCAGCGAUCAGGACUUGGCCGACAUCGACCAGCAGAGCAACACAUCCGGGAACGAUGGUGAAAGGAACUUUAAAAGCCUGCAGGAGGUUGAGCAAGCGCAAGAGCACCACACACCAUUCUCGCCGCUAACACUUCUAUUGAUCGAAAGCGAGAUUGCAAAACUACAGCAGCAACUCCUUUGUUUCCACUAUCGCUCUGGAGAUAUACAUUUUCGACAAGAUCCGCCCGGCGCGUCAAACCGACUAGCCAGUCUCAUAUCCUCCGCUGACAGGGCACUGGCUCAGUGGCCCGACCGGCUCGAAUCGCGGUUUGAAUCGAAGUACAACAUAAGCGAUCUAGAAAUUUCCGAUCCUAUACAGUAUCUGGCCUCAGAAUUAUGCCAUAUCAAUGUCGCAAAAGCGAAGUUUGUUGCAAAAUUAACGCAGUGGAAAGAUAUAUCAGGUAGCACACCGGACCCCACGAAGGGCUCCGAGAUUGUCAGGACCUUCCACGAGGCGCUCUUCUUGUCCACUCGUUGCACCGCUCUUACGCACCAAUACUCGGGUUCUAUCUACGGUUGGUUCACGAAUCGCAUACGGGAAAUUUACUCUUCUUCAUUCCUUGUCCUGGUUCUUGCCUCCGGCCAGCUCUUAAGUCAAGAGGAUACGAAUGCUGCUUGGGCAGUUCUAGACCAGCUCUUUCCGGUGGAUGCCACUGGCCAGUUGAUGGAACAUGGAUUAUCGCACACCUUAUUCGGCAGAGUGUUUCCACGAGCUAGAAUGAAGAGGGGGCUACAAGUAUAUGCCCCUCGCACCCAUCAACUUAGGGAUCAAGCCAUGCAUGCCGCUGCCGGAGAGGGAUUUCCGACCAACCUGGCUGCGCAUACUCCAGUGACCUCAACUACGAACCUUGGAAACACCGGCGCCUUUCAGUCCUCCGGCAACCUCUUUGAGGAUCUGGAUGCACUCAUGCAAGAUCCCAUGUGGCCUAGUGGGCUAGGGGGAAUCGACCAUAACUAUUGGUCCGUCGAUACCGCAUUCUGUACACAACCUCCCCUCGCGUUCUCACUCGCAGCCAUUUGAACCGUCACUGCCCUAUCACCGUCAGAUACCGCAACACAAGCAUUCGAACGUUCCGCAAUCGUUUAC